AUGAGGCUUUUGAACAGCAAACUCACACCCUAUGUCUUUUUGGUAAUUGGGUUUACUCUUCUAUGCUUCUCCAUACAAACCUUCUGGAAGACUUCGACGUCGUCAUCUCGAUCAUCCAAUUCAAGAUCUUUAGCAUUAGCUGUUGCAAAAAAAACUAACGCCGACAGACCAGUAAAAGCUUGCUUCGUGGUUUUGGUCAGAAAUAGCGAACUGGAUGGUAUAGUGUCGACUAUGCUGCAACUUGAGAAAACAUUCAACCAUAAAUUCAACUAUCCCUACGUGUUCUUGAAUGACGACGAAUUCACAGACGAGUUUAAAGAUCGUACAGCAGCUGUUACAAAUUCCCCUACAAAAUAUGGAAAAGUAGACAGCCAGAUGUGGGGCUAUCCAAACCAUAUUAAUCAAACUUAUGCAGCUGAAUCUCGAGCAGAAAUGGCCAAACAGAUGGUUCCCUAUGCCGAGAGUGAAUCAUAUAGACAUAUGUGCAGAUUUCAAAGUGGUUUUUUUUUCAGACACCCUUUACUGGAUGAGUACGAUUAUUACUGGAGGAUUGAGCCUUUCGUAGAUUACUACUGUGAUAUCGAUUACGAUGUAUUCAAAUUUAUGCGAAACAACAACAAAAAAUACGGUUUCAAUAUUGCAUUCAGAGAAUUCUUACAGACAGUACCAACCCUUUGGCAGACAGUGUUGAACUUCAAACGUGAUAAUCCUGAAGUAACAGCUCACUGGCCUGCUGAAAAGAAUUCACUUUUAAAGUUUGUCACUAGUGACAAUGGUGCUACCUACAAUGGAUGUCAUUUUUGGACUAAUUUUGAGAUUGCGUCAUUGGAUUUAUGGCGAUCUAAUGAUUACUUGAAGUUCUUCCAUUACCUGGACCAAGCGGGUGGAUUUUUCUAUGAACGAUGGGGUGAUGCGCCAGUACAUUCUAUUGCUGCUUCCUUAAUGUUGAACAAGGAUGAGUUUCAUUUUUUCAACGAUAUAGGAUACAAACACUCAGUAUAUACACACUGCCCAUUGGAGCCAGAAUACCGUGAAAAAUGUUCCUGUGAUCCCAAUAUCAGCUUAGAUUAUACGGAUUCAAUGUCUUGCUUAUCUGUGUAUGAAGCUGCCUUUUAG